CGAGUAACGAGGCAAUUCGGAUAUCGGAAGAGGAGUGUGGGAAAUGGAUACGAGUCACGGAAGAUGGGAAGUAGACGAUACGAUUCCAGAGGAGGAAGGGAUAGGUACGGCGGUUACGAUACGAUGGGUUGGGAGAGUGGCGGGGAUGAGAGGCGUGACAGAGGUAGGGAGGAACGUUGUGACCGAAGACCCAGUGACAGAAGAGGUGGUUCGGCGGACAGCUAUGACAGAAGGGGAUACGACGAAGGGAGUGUGAGGCAGGUAAGAUGCUACGAAUGUAACGAGAUAGGCCACUACAAGAGCCAAUGUCCGAGACUGCAAGCGCGAGCCGGGAGCGGAGGGCAAGGUGGAAUGGUUGCACUAAGUAGAGAGCUUGAGGACUCUUUGAGCGCCGUGGGGAAGAUGGCGAGGCAGCUGUUGGACAAGCAAAAGGAGGCAGAAGACGCCAAAAGGGAGGCGGAAGAAAAAAGAAAGAAAGAAGAGGGGGAAAAAGCAGCAAAAGAGGAGGCAGCAAGGGGCGAAAUGACAAAAAAGAAAGCAAAGGAGGAGGACCAGAAAAGAAAAUGGGAGUUGAAGAAGUUGCUGGCGGAGCAACGUGAAAAGUAUGAAGCAAAGCUGGAAAAGAUCGUGCGAAGAGGAAUUAAAGGGGUUACAAGUGGGAAGAAGGAAACAGCUGCAGUCGCGCAAACACCGUUCAACUCCGACGAUGAAGAAGAGGAAGCUGAAGGAACGCCGUUAACUGAUAAGCGGACUCUACAGGGGAACGAGGCAUUUGAAGCGGUUUGGAGAGAGGAGGAGGUGGUGAUGGCGAGGGCAAAGAACGACUACGAUGGAAGAGGGUUAAAGAAGAUCGAAAAAUGGAAUUGCAAGGGGUCUUGGGGCAAGGCGUACAUAUUGCCCAAGCACAAGGAUACGUCGAAGUCACGACCGAUCUCGCCGUCAUUCAGUGAGCCUGCUAAAGUGGCGAACCAACGGGUCGCCAGGGCCUUGAACUUCCUUCUUAACUCUUUGCCAGUUAAUGAUCAUUUCAACAGGAAGUCCACGAAUCAGUUGAAGAAGAGACUCGAAGGGGUGAAUCAAUGGGCGAGAAAGAAAGGUCAAGGGGAAAUCGUGGGGGUAGCGUAUGACAUUAUAGAAAUGUUUAGUAGGCUGCCCCACGACACAGUGAAGCAGGUGGUGAGAUGGAUUCUUUCCUUUUUUGCAAGCAAAGGACGAGAUUCUGUGUUAGUUAGGACAAGAGGGAAGGGUGCUUCCUUUGGAAACAAGAAAGGUGAAGAAGGGUGGUUGAGGAUUGACUUCGCUCUGAUUCAGGAAAUGGUUGAGCAUGACUUGGAGAACACCUUUUUGUGGGUAUCCGGCCGGCUGAUCAAGCAAAACGAGGGCAUCCCGAUGCGAAAGUCGAGUAGCCCUCCGAUUGCAUGUAUUUUGUGCGCUUAUUUUGAGUUUAACAUUUUGAAGAGUAUGGGGAAGGAUGCGGGGUUGGCAAAACGGAUCAGAUUCAAGUUCGUCAAGGCAGUUCCACAAGUCGAGUGCACAGUGUCGCUCAUACUCAAAGCCGAGUCUACUCCAUCACCGCAGCAGCAACCUGUUCCACCACAGGGACAACAGCAAGGGCCAUGGUACCCAAAGACCCCAAUGAAACCACCUGUCGCCUUCUCUGGUGAGAAGAAGGACGAGGAGCUCAACACAUGGUUGAGAACGGUUCCAAUGUGGGUAAGGGCAAAGAGGACUUUGCAGGAGGAGGAGGUGAUUACUGCUGCAUCUUACCUUGAGGGUAAGGCAGCCAAAUGGCUAGACGAGAUUAUAGCGAAAGCUGGGUUUGGAAGACGCAUGGCAGAUUGGGCUAAGACCAUGACGUUAGAUGAGUUCACAGACAUGGUAGAAGCUCGCUGGCAUUAUCUGCAGCAGGCACAGAUUGCCACUGACGCCAUAAUAAGACUAGACCAGCGACGGUACAAGUCCGUUAGGGAGCUUACGACCACCGUAGAGAAUCUCCUCGUAGUCCCAGGCAUUCGCUAUGAUGACCAGGUCGUAUUGACCAUGUUUGUGAGAUGUCUCUCGGAGAAUCUCAAAACACAGUUGGCCAGCAAGGCACGCCUCGAGUAUCACACCUUUGAGUCCUUCUCUAGAAAGGCCUUAGACUUAGAGGCUACUCUAGGAAGUGCUCAACCUACUCCAGUAGACGGGAGGAAGAAGAAGAGUCCACAGGAAUGGAAGAAGAAGGGGAGUAAAUUGAUGAUGGUUGAGUCCGAUGGGACUCAAACUGAGAUCGAGGAACUCACAGACCUGUUGGACAGUUCAGAGUACGACGGCGAGGAGAUCGCUGAGGGUAGCAUCCUCGCCGGAGUACAUGCCAUGAAUAGGAUCUUCCAUGACCACUUAGAUAAGUUUGUCGUUGUCUACCUUGACGAUAUUCUUAUCUUUAGUAAGUCUGUCGAGGAGCAUGCACAGCACGUUGAGACUGUACUCUCUCUCCUGCAACAACACAAGUAUAAGGUCAACCUAGAGAAAUGUGAGUUCGGACGCACUAAGAUCUUAUACUUGGGUCAUGAAGUAUCCACGGAAGGGAUUAGGCCGGAAGAUGCGAAGGUGGCUAGCAUAAGGGACUGGCCACGACCUCAGACUGUUACUGAGGUCAGAUCUUUCUUAGGAAUGUGCGGCUACUAUAGAAACUUUGUAAAGAACUAUUCUACAGUCGCCUCUCCUUUGACUGAWCUAACUCGACUUGACACGCCGUGGGACUGGAGUGAUGAGUGCGAGGCUGCUUUCAAACGAUUGAAGCAUGCACUCAUGAAUCAUGAGGUUCUCAUGGUGCCCGAUCCUCAGAAGCCAUUCAUUUUAACCACUGACGCAAGCCAAUAUGGCAUUGGCGCAGUGCUGGCUCAACAGGAUGGGAAGAAGUUGAGACCGAUUGAGUAUAUGAGCAAAAAGAUGCCAUCUAAGAAACUGGCAAAUUCCACCUAUGAAAGGGAACUCUAUGCUCUCUACAAAGCACUUGUCCAUUGGAGGCACUUCUUGUUGGGACGGUUUUUCUACUCGAGAACUGACCAUCAGACCCUCAAAUGGAUCAAGACUCAACCGGCUCUUUCUGAUGCACUCAAGCGUUGGAUUGAGGUCAUAGAUCAGUAUGACUUCAAGCCAGAGUAUCUGAAUGGAGAGUACAACAAGGUUGCAGAUGCGCUGUCCCGUAGAGCAGACUACCUAGGUGCGCUAGAAGACCCUGUCACGAUGGACAUCAUACGCAAACUUCAGGCUAAAGACAAGGCCACAGAAGCUGAGUUUGUGAUGGUGGACAUGAUUCUCUUUCUUGAUAAGGCCGGAUUUAAAAGGUUAGUUGUUCCAUCUAGCGAACGUUUGCGUAGUUUAUUCUUAGGAGAAUGUCAUGACGCAACCGGACGCUUUGGCUACAGAAAGACGAGUGCCAAUCUAGUACAGCGAUUUUGGUGGCCCGGAAUGCUAGAAGAUGCAAAGAAGUAUGUUGAGACAUGUCAGGUCUGUCAGCGGGACAAGCCGCGAACUCAAGCAUCGCUUGGGUUGCUGAAGCCCUUACCUAUCCCCGCUGGCCCAGGACAAAGUGUUUCCAUGGAUUUCAUGGACACCCUGGUGACCAGUAGGAAUGGCAAGAGGCACAUCUUUGUCAUCAUAGACCGAUUCGCCAAGUACGCUAGACUAAUUGCCAUGCCAGAGACCGCAAGGACUGAACACGUCAUCAAGUUGUUUCUAGACAACUGGGGGCGUGAUUUUGGUUUACCAAAGUCAAUCGUUAGUGACAGAGAUUUCCAUUUCACAAGUGAGCUCUGGAAGAAGAGUGUUGAACAGAUGGGCAGUCAACUUCAAAUGACUUCAAGAAAUCAUCCGAAAGCAAACGGACAGGCCGAGCAGAUGAACAAAGUUGUACAACACUUGCUGUGGCAUUACAUCAAGCCCAACGAGGAUGAUUGGGAUGAGAAACUGCCUCUCAUCGCCAGCCUGUACAACAAUGCCGUACACAGCAGUACCGACUUCAGUCCUAACCAGCUACACUUGGGAUGGAGGCCUAGAUUAGCACUGGACUUCCUCCUGCCUGAAAACCGAUCCUCUGCAACUCCAGGCACACUUGAGUACGGUGUGCAAUAUGAAAAGUUGCUGCAGCAAGCUGUCGAGCAUAUCAAGAAAUCUCAGCAAGCAAUGAUUGCUUUUGAGAACAAACAUCGUCGGCAAUCCUCAUUUCAGGUAGGGAAACGUGUCUGGGUCAAGGCUAGUGAGCUAGGACAGGAAUUCGGAAUCUCUCGCAAACUAAUGCCUCAAUAUUUUGGUCUAUGGGAAGUCCUGGAUAUAGUUGGGGAUGAGAUGGAUGGUCCUACCUAUGUUAUCCGUAUUCCUGGUCACUUACGCACUCACCAUGUCUUUCACGCCUCAAAGCUUGCACCUUUCGCUGAGAUAGAUCAAUUCCCUUCAAGGAGAUCGAUGCUGCCCCCAAACCAUGGAUGGUCAAGUGGACAUCGACGACAUUGUGGAUCACAAAGACCUGCCUGUUCCAAAGCCACUGGGAGAGGAAGACCUCCCAAACCCAAGAGAGAAUAUCGCGUCAGAUUCAUGCAUCAUACGGAUCCAAAAGAAGAUAGGUGGUUUACCAGAGAGGAACUGAUUGACACAGCUCCUCAAGUGGUGGCAGAAUAUGAGAGGAUGUUAAAAGGGAAGGCAGCUGCGAAGUAAGCAUCUCAGUGGACUUUUGAAGCUAAGGGGGAUGGAAUGUGAGGAUUGAGCCCUCAAAGGGGCCUUGCCGUGAUGUACAUGUUCUGGGUUAAGGCCCCAGCAAGCCUCGUGCCCGCCCUAAGUGAAGGCGGGCCAGCAAAUCAACAAGAGCCCUUUGU